GCUGGCAGCUCUGGGACAGAGGCCGAGGCCGAAGGGGUUGUACACCGGGCGCGGCGGACGGGCGCGUGGAUUCCGAGUGGAGCCCCGGGACCCCGCUGCCCCUUCCGGACCGCCGGCCGCAGGCCCCGCUCUGACAACCAGCAAGCCACCGGGAGACCCCAGUCCCGCCGUCUUGCUUUCCCACCACAUCGCCAACAGCCUCCAGUCUCCCCGCGCUGCGCCCGGCCGGCGGGGCCGCGGCCCUCCUCGGUGCCGGCCGCCAUGGCAGGGGUGCCCGGCGUGGGGAAAAUCUAGUUCGGGGAUUUCUGCGGCCUAGCCUGGUUCCGUCUCGUCCCCACGCAGCCUCAGGCAGCUUGCCUGCACCCAAGCCCGGCUUCGGGCCUCCGUGUCUCUCCUGUGAUCCUACUGACACGGCCGGGAGGUUAGAAUGGAACAAACUGAAGGCCCGAUGAGAGAAAGGGAAAGUUAAGGAUGCUGGAGCAGAACAAUGGAUUUCUCUUUCUCUUUCAUGCAAGGGAUCAUGGGAAACACAAUUCAGCAACCACCUCAACUCAUUGACUCGGCCAACAUCCGUCAGGAGGAUGCCUUUGAUAACAAUAGCGACAUUGUUGAAGAUGGUGGCCAGACACCAUAUGAAGCUACCUUGCAACAAGGCUUUCAAUACCCACCUACAACAGAAGACCUUCCUCCACUUACAAAUGGCUACCCACCAUCGAUCAGCUUGUAUGAAACUCAAACCAAAUACCAGUCAUAUAAUCAGUAUCCCAAUGGGUCAGCCAAUGGCUUUGGUGCAGUUAGAAACUUUAGUCCCACUGAUUAUUAUCAUUCAGAAAUUCCAAACACAAGACCACAUGAAAUUCUGGAAAAACCCUCCCCUCCACAGCCACCACCUCCUCCUUCAGUACCACAAACUGUGAUUCCAAAGAAGACUGGCUCACCUGAAAUUAAACUAAAAAUAACCAAAACGAUCCAGAAUGGCAGGGAAUUGUUUGAGUCUUCUCUUUGUGGAGACCUUUUAAAUGAAGUCCAGGCAAGUGAGCACACAAAGUCCAAGCAUGAGAGCAGAAAAGAGAAGAGGAAAAAAAGCAACAAACAUGACUCAUGUAGAUCCGAAGAGCGCAGGUCACACAAAAUCCCCAAAUCGGAACCAGAGGAGCAAAAUAGACCAAAUGAGAGGGUGGACACCACACUAGAAAAACCAAGAGAAGAACCAGUACUCAAAGAUGCCGCCCCAGUUCAGCCAGUGCUGCCUUCUGCUCCAACAACAGAAGCAUCCACUGGUGCUAAGUUCCAGGUUGGUGAUCUUGUUUGGUCCAAGGUGGGAACCUAUCCUUGGUGGCCUUGUAUGGUUUCAAGUGAUCCCCAGCUUGAGGUCCAUACCAAGAUUAAUACAAGAGGUGCCAGGGAAUAUCAUGUUCAGUUUUUUAGCAACCAGCCUGAGAGGGCAUGGGUUCAUGAAAAACGGGUACGGGAGUAUAAAGGUCAUAAACAGUAUGAUGAAUUACUGGCUGAGGCAACCAAACAAGCCAGCAAUCACUCUGAAAAACAAAAGAUUCGGAAACCCCGACCUCAAAGAGAACGUGCCCAGUGGGAUAUUGGCAUUGCUCAUGCAGAGAAAGCAUUGAAAAUGACCCGGGAAGAAAGAAUAGAACAGUACACGUUCAUCUAUGUUGAUAAACAGCCUGAAGAGGCAUUAUCUCAAGCAAAAAAGAAUGUUACCUCCAAGACUGAAGUUAAAAAACCCCGAAGACCAAGAGCUAUACUGAAUACCCAAUCAGAACAGUCCAGUGCUGGGGAGGCCGUCUCCUCACCACCAAGUACUGAGAUCCGAAGACAGAGCCAGCGGCGGCACACGAGCGUGGAAGAGGAAGAGCCAGCGCCUGUUAAAAUAGCCUGGAAAACCGCAGCAGCAAGGAAGUCCUUACCAGCUUCUAUUACAAUGCACAAAGGGAGCCUGGAUUUGCAAAAGUGUAAUAUGUCUCCAGUUGUGAAAAUUGAACAAGUGUUUGCUCUUCAGAAUGCAACAGGAGAUGGGAAAUUUAUUGAUCAGUUUGUUUAUUCAACAAAGGGAAUUGGUAAUAAGACAGAAAUAAGUGUCAGAGGGCAAGACAGACUUAUAAUCUCUUCACCAAACCAGAAAAAUGAAAAGCCCACUCAUAACACAUCAUCUCCUGAAGCAUCGUCUGGUUCUACAGGCUCAGUAGAAAAGAAACAACAGAGAAGAUCAAUCAGGACUCGAUCUGAAUCAGAGAAAUCUGCUGAGGUUGUGCCAAAGAAGAAGAUCAAGAAGGAGCAGGUUGAAACAGUUCCUCAGGCUACCUUGAAGACUGGAUUACAGAAAGGUGCCAGCGAGAUUUCAGAUUCCUGUAAGCCUCUAAAGAAAAGGAGCCGUGCCUCAACUGAUGUAGAAAUGACUAGUUCCGCAUACAGAGAUACAUCUGAUUCUGAUUCCAGAGGACUGAGCGACCUACAGGUAGACUUUGGAAAACAUCCAGACAGUCCUUCAGCUGCCGCAGAUGCAGAUGUCUCUGAUGUGCAGUCCGUGGAUUCAGGCUUGUCCCGGAGAGGCACUGGGAUGAGUAAGAAGGACACUGUGUGUCAGAUCUGUGAAAGCUCUGGUGAUUCUCUGGUUCCAUGUGAGGGGGAGUGCUGCCGACACUUCCACCUGGAAUGUCUAGAGCUGACCUCGGUUCCUGAUGGUAGAUUCAUCUGCGAGGAGUGUAAAACCGGGCAGCACCCAUGUUUUUCAUGUAAGGUGUCUGGUACGGAUGUGAAGCGUUGUUCUGUUGGUGCUUGUGGGAAAUUUUAUCAUGAAGACUGUGUGCGCAAAUUCCCUGCUGCCAUCUUCGAGUCUAGAGGGUUCCGCUGCCCUCAGCACUGCUGCUCUGCCUGCUUGGUGGAGAAGGAUGCCCACAAAGCAAGUAAAGGGCGGAUGAUGAAAUGCCUGAGGUGCCCAGUCGCCUACCACCCUGGAGACGCGUGUGUGGCUGCUGGAAGUGUGCCUGUGUCCUCCCACACUCUCAUCUGUAGUGACCAUUCCAAACGGAGUGGCCAUUCUGCUGCUGCUGUAAAUGUGGGCUUUUGUUUCGUUUGUGCCAGAGGGCUGAUAGUGCAGGACCAUUCAGACCCCAUGUUCAGUUCCUAUGCCUAUAAGUCCCACUACCUACUGAAUGAGUCAAACCGUGCUGAGUUGAUGAAAUUACCUAUGAUUCCUUCUUCGUCAGCUUCCAAAAAGAAAUGUGAGAAAGGUGGAAGACUGCUCUGCUGUGAGUCCUGCCCUGCCUCCUUCCACCCAGAGUGCCUCAGCAUAGACAUGCCCGAAGGCGGCUGGAAUUGCAAUGACUGCAAAGCUGGCAAGAAACUGCAUUACAAGCAGAUUGUGUGGGUGAAGUUGGGAAAUUACAGAUGGUGGCCAGCAGAGAUCUGCAAUCCUAGGUCUGUGCCUCUGAAUAUUCAGGGCCUGAAACAUGAUUUGGGGGACUUCCCUGUGUUCUUCUUUGGUUCUCAUGACUACUAUUGGGUGCACCAGGGCAGAGUGUUCCCUUAUGUUGAAGGAGACAAGAGCUUUGCUGAGGGACAAACUAGUAUUAACAAGACCUUCAAAAAAGCACUAGAAGAAGCUGCAAAGCGUUUCCAGGAAUUGAAAGCACAGAGAGAAAGUAAAGAAGCAUUGGAGACUGAAAAAAGCUCAAGAAAACCACCUCCUUAUAAACACAUCAAAGCUAACAAGGUAAUAGGAAAGGUACAGAUCCAGGUGGCUGACUUGUCAGAAAUUCCCCGCUGUAACUGCAAGCCUGUGGAUGAGAACCCUUGUGGCUUGGAAUCAGAGUGUCUGAACAGAAUGCUGCAGUACGAGUGUCACCCACAAGUGUGCCCUGCUGGAGAUCGCUGUCAGAACCAGUGCUUUACAAAGAGGCUCUACCCUGACGCAGAGAUCAUCAAAACAGAGCGGAGAGGUUGGGGCCUCAGGACCAAAAGGAGCAUUAAGAAGGGUGAAUUUGUAAAUGAAUAUGUUGGUGAAUUGAUUGAUGAAGAAGAGUGCAGACUUCGAAUCAGGCGAGCCCACGAGAACAGUGUAACUAAUUUUUAUAUGUUAACUGUUACCAAGGACCGUAUAAUUGAUGCUGGCCCAAAAGGAAAUUAUUCUCGGUUUAUGAACCACAGUUGCAACCCAAACUGUGAGACACAAAAGUGGACAGUGAACGGGGAUGUCCGAGUUGGACUCUUUGCUCUUUGUGAUAUUCCUGCAGGGAUGGAAUUAACAUUUAACUACAACUUGGAUUGUCUGGGCAAUGGCAGGACGGAAUGCCACUGUGGAGCAGAUAACUGCAGUGGUUUUCUAGGAGUUCGGCCAAAGUCGGCAUGUGCAUCAUCAGUUGAAGAGAAGGCAAAAAAUGCUAAGUUAAAGCAGAAAAGACGAAAAAUCAAAACAGAACCAAAGCAGAUACAUGAAGAUUACUGUUUUCAAUGCGGAGAUGGUGGAGAGCUGGUCAUGUGUGACAAAAAAGACUGUCCCAAAGCAUACCACCUCCUUUGCCUUAACUUGACUGAGCCACCAUAUGGGAAGUGGGAGUGCCCGUGGCACCAGUGCGGCGAGUGCAGCGGCGCAGCGGUCGCCUUCUGUGAGUUCUGCCCACAGUCAUACUGCGAAGAUCACGAGAAGGGGGCGCUGGUGCCCUCCGCACUAGAAGGUCGUCUCUGCUGCUCUGAACACAAUCCCUUAUCUCCCGUGUCGCCAGAACACUGGAACAAGAUCAGGUGUAAAUGGGAAUCACAGGAUCAAGAAGAAGUGAAAGAGUAAAUGGUGGUAAUUCCUCGCCUUCCUUUCCUACUUAGACGAAAUGGAAAGAAAGGAGCAGAUACGUAAUGCACUAGAAAGAAGAGAUGCUGAUGCAAACACACGGCCUUGCCAUUGGAACUACCUUAGCAAAGCAGGCAAGAGCAGUCGGUGCUGUCUGGUUCUUCUGUUGGGUUUUGCUGGCUUGGCUCCUAUGGGUUCAAGUUCCCUGGCCUUUUCUUCUGUUGUGCUUCCAUGUCUUUGCAGCUAGGGAAAGAGAUGUCUUCACUUUCAAAAGGAAAAGUCUUAUUGAUAAGAUCAGUUUAAAGUCUAAGAUGUAUUCCUUGGUUGUAUAAAGCAAAAGUAGCCAUCAUUCCUUUAUUUAUUAUUUUUAGGGGGAAUUUUGAGAAAUGUAGUUCAAAUUGUCUAACAAGGUGUGUGUGUGUGUGUGUGUGUGUGUGUGUGUGUGUGUGGUGUAUGCAGGUGUGCAUGUGCAUUCAUUUGGAAUAGGAGGAAGCUCUCUAGAAAGGGUGUGACCACCUUAAUAUACCUCUUUAGUGAGCAGUAAGUAGGCUAAUGUCUUUCCUUUCCACAUGUCUUACAUAAUCACAGAAAAGGCUCUCUGCAAGUAUUAAAUCUGGCCCCUUGGAAACAGAUGCCUUAGUGGCUUUUUACCUCUUUGCUCUUUCUUAAGCCAGGUGGGCUUUGUGAUAUGGUGACUUUAUUAAAAGGUACAUGAUGGAUGCAUUCAUUGGUGUUGAACUGUUGUCCAUGGGCAGACAGGUAUUUCCUGGCCUCUUGCACUUAUGCAUUCAUUGGUGUUGAACUUUUGUCCAUGGGCAGACAGGUAUUUCCUGGCCUCUUGCACUUAUGCAUUCAUUGGUGUUGAACUGUUGUCCAUGGGCAGACAGGUAUUUCCUGGCCCUGUGCACUCAUUAUGCACACGAGUGCACAGGCAGACUCACUGACACUGGCAAAGGUAGCAAGAGACGCAGCGCAGACCAAAAGUAGAUCCUAGCAGCACCACUUCUGACCGGUCUGGCUUACAAGUGAGGGCAUUUUAUUUUCUGUCUCUCCUAACCAAACAUUUCCUUUCCUGCUGACGAUUCAGUUGUGUUUCCUGGUUGAGCUGCACAAGUGGAUCUGUAUUUGAAUGCAUCUUUUCUGGUUGAGUUUCUGAAGUAGUGGGUAAAAGCAGUAGGGGUGUCUCCCCACACAAUGUGUAAACAUUUUCUAUUUAGUAUUAUCUAAUACUUAAAAGUGCCCCCAUUGAGUAAGGGGGAGAACUCUACUUCUAAAAGCCACACAAAUGCACUUCACCUUAGGAAGCACUUGGAGAAAGCCCAAAGAAAGUCAGUGUUAGCAGAAGUGGUUGAGUGUGACACAGAUCCAGAAAUUUAAGAUGUCUGUCCACACAACUCACUUGCACUUAGCGCUUAGGAAUAUGUAUACGCCAGUAUUUCUUGUGUGAAAUCACUAGUAAUUUCUGGCUAUGUAAUACUAUACUAAAUAGAAAGUGAAGGGUUAGCCUGAGUUAACUUUCUCUGUGAAUUUUGACUACUUACAGGCACCAGUUACCUGGUAGCAUUUAUUUUCCCUCAUGAAGCACCUAGAAACUUCAUGGGGCAAGAUGCUCUACAGCAUUCCUUCAGUUGUCUUGUAUGUGUUUGUUCAGUUUUUAAAGUCAAUUUAGAGUUCUUCUCUAGACAGAAGAACAAUUUUGUGCCUCUUUUUUUGUAUAUAAAUGUGCAAUUAUACUGGCUCUUCUCUUAUAAAAACACACACACACUACAUUUCCUCUACUGAAGCUCCUAAACUGCCAUUUCCCUGGUUGCAGCUAUUAAGCCUGAGUUGACUUACUGGGCAUCCAGCCAUUAUGAUGACUAGAUAUGAUCCCAAAACAGUGAGCAAACCAGAAAUGUUAUAUAUUAUCAAGCUAAUUGCUACAAGUAGUCUGAAAUACUGCUCAUGGAAACACUAAACUUUGUUCUUGGGCAAUUCUAAAGUUUGAUGUCCUUUUAAAAACAAAUCUAAGACUAUCUAGGUUUUAUCAUACUAAAAUCUUAUUUUAUAUAGAAAUAUGAUAAACAUGGUUUUUUAAGCUUACUACAUAAGGAUUUCCUUUAAUGUUAUAAAUACAACUCUUGUUGAAAUAAUAUCCAACAUGAAAUUGUAUCUCCUUGUUUUGUUUUUGACUUUAGUGCUAUUUAAUAUUUGAUGAUUUUUAUAUAACAAGCCAGGCUCAUUGUAUAUGUUACAGAUACCUUAUGUUGAAGUACUUUUACGUAACUUCUUCAUUGUGGCAUAUUUUUUAUAUCUAUAAAAGAGCUCUGCAGAAACUUUUUCAGUCUUUUUUAAAUAUGUAUAACUAAUAGGAUUGUUCUACCAUUUCAGAAAUCAAGGUAGAAAAGAAAAAGUUGGACAUAGCUCUAAAGUUUGCAGUAACCUACAAGUGGAUUUAAUCAUGUCAGUGCCAAGGCCCUCUUCACAUUUCUUCAUGCUCUUAAUGUGUCACUUUCUUAGAUGUUUGUUUGUUUUGAGGUAGAGUCGGUCUCACUCUAGCCCAGGCUAGCCUCGAACUCACAGUGAUCCUCCUACCUCUGCCUUCUGAGUGCUGGGAUUAGACAUGCCCCACUACACCUGGCUUACUUAGAUGUUUUAAAGUUGCAGAUUAUGAAAACAAAGUUGUGCUCUGUGUGUGUGUAAGUGUACAUACUGUCUUGCUUGUGCCACACAAAUGAGAUGUUCCAAAAGACACUGCUUACUGAUAGUUCAAGUUAUAUUUGUCAACCUUUAUCUGUGUGUGGUAUACACAAUAUACAUAAUUUUUUUUAUUACUGUUCAGAAAUGAAAAAUAACUUAAAGCAGCAUGAAGUAGUGUUUUCUAAGCCUCGUGUUGAUUCUUCUUAGAGACUUGCGAUCAUUGGCACUGAAGUCUUAGGACCUGGAUCAAUAAGAGUAAGACAAGGUCAUGGGAAACCAUUGCAGGCACUAAAGUGGAGGAAGGUCCACACCCGAGCAGGUCAGGGUCUGGCUGAGCACGGCAGCAGGGUUGCCCUUCAUUGCCAGCCUGCCGAAGCAACCGGAGGUCGGACUUGACGUCUUUAAUGUUAGCUAAGCCGGGGUUAGAGACCAGAGUGAGCUGAGUUUCAUUUUUGUUUUGUAAGCAAGCUCUGCUCUAUUUUAAUUCUCAAAAGUUAUCUGUCCUGAAAUAUAUAAUAGACUGAUUUAGAAUCAUGGAAACUAGGAUAUUUCUGUGUGUUUAAAUGAACAAAUCUGAAAACUAAAGAGAAAAUUUAUAGAGGGGCACUGCUGCCAAUGGCUUUCUUCUCCUAUCACAAUAUUUGGAAACAUGUCUAUAAAGAACAUAAAACUGAGGCACUGAAGAACUUACGAUCAUGUCAAGUCCUUGUAUGGGCCAGGCUGUUGGGCAGCUUUGUUGAAGUAGUUUCGUUCUUGAUACGUUCCAGUCAGGGUCAAGUCCAGACCUGCAUUUCCAAAUCAUCUGUGCCAUCCAUUCAGAAUGUAAUCUCUGGACUUCCCAGAACCUGUUGUUUGCCUUUCACUUGAUGUUAAAUACAACACUCCACUUAAACAGUCACUGUAAAGUAAACAUACUGCCAAGCCACAUGCUAUGGCCUAAUGGGAUAAACAGUCAAAUUGCCUUGGAGUCAGUCCUUACAGCUUAGAAAGCUUGUGGUUUUACUUGUGGGAUUACAAGGGUAUUGAAAAGUUGCUUUAUUGCUGGGCAGUGCAAACUAGACUUGGACCGUCACCCCCACACUUAUCUAAGUUACUUACAGAUAGGAAGUGAUCAAGGCCACCUAGACUUGGUUUCUGGUUAUUUGUAAACAAAUAAAAAGUAGACCUUGGUUUCAUUUUCAGGUAGACUAGGAAAUAGAUUUAAUAUCUUUGCAAUGAAUGAACAAAUACUGGAAGGUUGGAAACUUGUAUAUACUGAAAGCUAAGCUUUUACCUUGGGUAGGGAUUAGAGGUCUUGGGAGAAAGGGAAUUAUAAUACAGUAAGGGAGGGGAAUAAUAAAUGUUUACCACAGGUACAAUGUAGCCACCCUAACAUUGAGACCUCUGCCUCAUUGAAUUCAGGUUUUUUAAGUACUUGAAACUCUUUAGUUCUCAUUUUACAGAUUCUUUUUAUGAAGUAGAAAGCAUUGCUUUGUAUACUGUUGAGUGUGUUCGCAGUAGCUAUCUCAGAUUGAUCGUGUACCUUGGAGAAGAAGACCUGCAUGAGAGACUAGCAGCAUUUCUAGAGACAUUUCCUAGGUAUUUUGUCAUUUGGUCAGCCAUAUCCCCAAGCACCUCUUCUUUCCUUUUAUAUAUACCUAUGUAGGGGAGAAAACUGCACUUCUGUUACACUCCUAAAAUACUAUAUGUAUUUAAAAAAUAUCUGUUUUCUUGGCUUUUAUUAGUGCAUUGUGACAAAUGCAGCACUGUGUGAAGGGGGUGGGGGAGCGGCCUGUCCUGCUAUAGGCUUUAAAAGUCAUUAGCACAUAAGGAAAAAGGGAGAAGAGAAGUGUUUCCAAUCAUUAUUUGGCCCUUAGUUUUCUUGCGACGCUGCUAUAUCUGCUAAUGGAUGAGAAAGUACUCGGUGUCCACUGUCCCCUUCCCUACCUGCUGGUUGACUGAUGUGUGCAAAUGGCACUAAUGUACCUGUAGAUCACCUGCAUAAGGUAUUUAUAAGGUACUGUCAGUUUAGAAAAGUGGACUGGAUAAACUUUACUUUUUGUUAUCAUUCAUAUUAUUUUAUCUCAUUUGCUUUUGUUAGGUACCCUGUGUUAAAAAUUGUGUUGCUACUAAUCACCAAGAUGCUAAUUGACUACAACUAGCUAAAAUGAUCACCUUUUUAUAAAUAAAGACUUGUGAAUAUUUGGAACUGAUACGAGAAAUUCAUUUGUACCCAUGUGAGUGGUAUUGCACAAUAAAGUUACCUACAGUUUCCAUUUUCGUGUUCUUUGGAUAAUGAUCUUUAUAGAUACUGGUUAUUUCUGUACUUUAUCUGUAAUUACAUUUAACAUAAUAUCAUUGCUGUGAAACGUUAUUUUGCCUAAAUCACUUGAGAUUUGAGUCCUUAGUAACAAAGCAUCACUAUUCACUAGUCUGUCUCCUAAUUUCCUGUGACUUGGCCAGAAGCUCCUGACGCUACAGGAUGUGUUCCUUUUCCCUGGGGUGUUCCACUAGGGCAUUACAGUGUAAUGACUUGUUGCCACAUAGACUUCAAGAUGAUAUAUAAUAUUUUGAGGAUUUUGUGGAUUGACUGUUCUAUUGCAAAGUGUGAACGUACAGAGGUUGAUUAACCUGUAUAUAGCUUAUUGUUGACUAGUUGUAGAAUAUGCAGGAUUGCCUGUAAUAUUAACUUCUUACUGAUGCGUGCUGGUAGGAAUAUAUAAUUUUGUACAUUAUAUUUACUGAAAUGUUGCCUUUUUUAUUUUACAAAUAUUUUGGAAUUCACAUGUUUUCUGCUUCUGUAAGAGUUAAUUUGGAAAGUUUUUUUAAUAACAUUACACUGGUUUCAGGUUUUGUUUGAGAUUGACUUCAAUAAAUUGUCCUGUAUGUUCAGAGUUAA